ACAGCUUUGUUCCAGGCUUGGUAGGAAAAACUCCUAGCACCAAGAGCGGCUCUAUGAUGGUUUCUGAAACUGGAAAGUCAUGUCUACUCUUCUGUCUGGAAUAAUUGGAGCUACAUUAGCUACAGCUAUCUUUCUGCAUAAAUGUCUUACAGAAUAUCAGAUCUCUUUGGCUUUUUUCCCCCUAUCAGGAAAUUCAGCAAGCUGUGUUCCUGUAUAGGGGAAAAAGCUGAUGGUAAAUUAGCACUGUUAAUGGUUGAUCUGUAAUAAAGAAAUCCACUUGAGGCUGCAUCUCUUCAGCAGGUAUUUAAUUUCUUUGAGGGAGCUUUACAGGAGGAUUUUUAGAAAAGGAAAAUGUGUGGGGGUACACCAAAAGCUACAAAUGGCACAGGGGGACAAAUUGAAAGGGUGAGAAACAACAGUGAUGUACCACUUGGAAAUGAUUUCUCUUGUACCAAAUUGGAUGAAAGGAUUAGAAAAUCAUUGAGAGACCAAAGUGUCAGCUGUGUCAGCAGAGUGACUAGACUACUGCAAAACAGCUGGUCUUCUUCAGAGUUUGACUUGAAUGAAAUCCGCCUGAUAGUUUACCAAGACUGUGAGAGGAGAGGCAGACAGGUCUUAUUUGAUUCCAAAGCAGUCCGCAAAAUUAAUGAAGCUGUGGUUCAGAAAAUGGCAGAGGAUGCUUCUAUAAAGACUUCUGCCAAGAGCUGCCAAACAAGCAAUGGGAACAACAGUAUUUCUUCUCAUAAUCCCUCAGUAAACUAUAUGCAAAAUAUCAAAGAGCAGAUACCGAAGUAUCAGUACACCAGACCAGCGUCUGAUGUCAACAUGCUGGGAGAAAUGAUGUUUGGCUCAGUUGCAAUGAGUUACAAAGGCUCCACCUUGAAAAUUCACUAUAUACGCUCUCCCCCACAGCUGAUGAUAAGCAAAGUCUUCUCAGCAAGGGUAGGAAGCUUCAGUGGAAGCAACAAUAACUUACAAGAUAGCUUUGAGUACAUCAACCAAGAUCCCAGCCUGGGAAAGCUGAGCUCAAAUCAGAAUGGUUUGGGAACUGGUCGCAGUGGAAAUAAUUUAGGUGUGUUACAGCUGUGUAGCAGCAAACUGCUGCAGGGUGUGUCUGAAGGAGGUCCCCUCCGGCUCAUCCGCAGUGCUUCUUUCUUUGCAGCACACAGCACACCUGUUGACAUGCCAAGCAGAGGACAAAAUGAGGACAGAGACAGCGGCAUUGCUCGGUCAGCGUCUCUGAGCAGUCUUCUGGUCACCCCUUUUCCAUCUCCAAGCUCUUCAUCAUCAUCUUCUAGCAGCUACCAACGUCGUUGGCUCCGAAGUCAGACAACGAGUUUAGAAAAUGGAAUUAUUCCAAGGUGGUCCACUGAAGAAAUGUUUAGUAUGGCUGAUGAAAGCUGCAGUUCCAAUCCUGCAGUAGUUCGGAGGAAAAAAAUUGCAAUCAGCAUUAUCUUCUCUCUGCCUGAAAAAGAAGAAGCACAGAGAAACUUCCAGGAUUUCUUUUUUUCUCACUUUCCUCUUCUUGAAUCUCACAUGAACAAGCUGAAAUAUGCAAUAGAAAAGGCCAUGAUCUCAUGUAGAAAAAUAGCAGAAUCCAGCCAAAGAGUGCAGAUUUAUAUCAGCCGUGUCAUGGAUGCCCUGGGAGAAUUCAGAGUUACCAUCUGGAACCUGUAUUCUGUUCCAAGGAUUGCAGAGCCUGUGUGGCUUAAUAUGAUGUCCAGCACCCUGGAAAAGAAUCAGCUAUGUCAGCGUUUUCUUAAAGAAUUUACAUUUCUUAUUGAACAGAUCAACAAAAAUCAGUUCUUUGCUGCUUUGUUAACUGCAGUGCUGACAUACCACCUGGCCUGGGUCCCCACAGUAAUGCCAGUUGACCAUCCUCCCAUAAAGGCCUUCUCUGAGAAGCGCACAUCACAGUCUGUCAACAUGCUGGCAAAAUCCCAUCCAUACAACCCUCUCUGGGCACAGCUUGGUGAUCUCUAUGGUGCCAUAGGUUCUCCAGUUAGACUGACUCGAACUGUUAUUGUUGGAAAACGCAAGGAAUUGGUGCAGCGCUUGCUCUAUGUUCUGACUUACUUCAUUCGGUGCUCUGAGCUGCAGGAAAAUCAGCUGACAUGGAGUGAGAAGGCUGUAGAAGGAGAACAAGUGCUAAAUGGAAGCAACAUCACAACUGCACUAGAAAAGGGAGAAGUAGAGGAGUCUGAUUAUGUGGUUGUCACUGUUAAAAAUGAACCUGCUCUUGUGCCUCCAAUCCUACCUCCAAAGAAUAAUGGAAGUAAGAACAAUAGUAUUGCAGGGUGGGUACAUGACCCAGAAAGCACUCAUGGUGUCCCGGUCUCUUCAAAAGAAAAGAGAGAAGCAAUAGGAAAGGCUAGUCAGAACUCAGAAGCAUCUGUGGGCUCUCUAACAAGCAGUUCCUGUAAAGGAGCAGCUGAUGGCAGGAAAAGAGCUAUCACUGAUACAGGAAUCAUAACGUACCAUUUUGAAGAACCAUCUAAACUGGAGGGUUUAAUGGAUGUCAAGAACACCAAGAACCAGAAUGAGAGAAAAGUGGAAAAGCAACUGUCUAAUAGGUCAUCUGCCUUACCUUGUCCUGAAAGGUCUGGUCACAGAAGUUCCCACUUAGAGAAGGUCACCUUUCAGAUUGGAAGUUCUGCAUCACCUGAGUCAGAUUUAGAAACUCAAAGAAAAGAAAUGGAAGAAAAUCUGAAGGCAUACAGAAAAAGUCCAGAGAUGAUAAAUUGUGCCUCAAGUUCCACAAAUCUGACUGUGGAUGCUUCCCAGAAUCAAAAAGAAAGUUGUGAAGCUGCCUUUAUACCCUUCAGUAAACAUAGUGUUUGUUAUGCUCAAAUCCCACCUUGCGAGGGGAGGGAGAGUGUACUUAACCAACAUAUGGAAAGUAAAGGAACUUUAGUGAACACAGUAUCUAGUGACACUCUUUUGCCCACAGGUAGCAUAGAAACUGUAAAAUUGGCAAGCCUGAAAGAAAAUAGAACUUUAUGCUCUGGCAGUCUGGAGAACUAUUCUCCUGGCUAUGUAGAAGUAGCUUCUGCUAUCAAACAGGAUUCCCUUAAAGUAGGUUCUAAAGAUGUCCCCUGUGGGGAUGCUGGAAGGAAAAUCUUCAGAGUUGAAGGGGACAUUCCAAGAAAUGAGAGUUCAGACAGUGCUCUUGGAGCCAGUGAUGAGGAAGGGGAUUGUUGUAUCCCUGAUGAAGCACAUCAUGAUAAUGUCAGCAAAAGAUUAGAGUUUUCAGAAGUGGAACUUCCGUUACCAAGGUCAAAUACAAUCAGCAGUCAAUGUGUGAAAAAUUUUGGAAGAUCACUUCUAGGUGGCUAUUGUCAUACAUAUGUACCUGAUCUAGUGCUGCAUGGAAUAAAUAACGAUGAAAAACUCAAACAGUGUCUACUAGCAGACCUAUUUCAUGCAAUGCAUCAUCCAGUGCUAGAUGAGCCCAUAGCUGAAGCUGUCUGCAUUAUUGCAGACACCGAUAAAUGGAAUGUACAAGUAGCUACAAGCCAGAGAAAGAUGAUGGACAAUAUGAAGUUAGGCAAGGAUGUUUUGGUUUCUAGUCAAGUAUCCAGUUUGUUGCAGUCAAUUUUACAGCUUUACAAACUCAACGUCCCAGCUGACUUUUGCAUAAUGCAUCUUGAGGACAGACUACAGGAAAUGUAUCUCAAAAGCAAAAUGCUUUCAGAAUAUCUGCGAGGACAUACGAGGGUGCAUGUAAAAGAACUAGGAGUUGUGUUGGGGAUUGAAUCCAAUGACUUGCCUUUGUUGGCUGCUAUAGCAAGUACUCAUUCCCCAUAUGUUGCUCAAAUACUCUUAUAAAAUUUGAAUCUCAGGAUAGUCAUUCCUGUGAAGUAAAGUGAAGAAAAUGGGAAUGUUGAAUGAAGAACAGACGUGCCAAACACUGGUAAAGGGGAACACCGAGGAAACCAGGUGAUAACUGUACAAUUCUACCACUUUCCAAUUCUGAUUUCAGCCAGAUGUUUUAUUGGACAACUUCCGUUUACAUCACAUAAAAGGCAUUCAGGUUUUUCUUACAAUCUCACUUCUGACUUAAAUCAAGACACUGACUGCAUACUUGCAUUUUAUUUUUAUUCAAAGGACAAAAGUUAACACUAUGUGGCAGACCAGGAGCUGCCAUCCAAAACGCUGCUCAAAACCAUGAAGUAACAGUUAAAAGAACAAGUGGGUUAAAAUGGAUUUGGUAACACUACUCUUGACUGUGAUGUGGUGUAUGUUUAUUUGCUGGGGAGGAGGAAGAACUGUAAACUAUGUAUAUAGCAUUCCUAUACACAAGUAUAUUGGAUGGGACAUGAUCUUCUCGCAGAGCAUGUUUUUGUAUAGUAGAAGUGAUGGGCUUGGAAGAAGGAACCUGGAUUCAGCAGCUAAAUAUUAUGUGGGAAUGGUGAUGUGCAACUUUUCCUUUAAAGGACAAGUGGGUAAGAAAGCUGUGGCUGCUUCUGUUUUAAUGAGGAGGUGUUCAAAUCAGCCCAUUGCUAGAAAUGGAAUGGACUUCUGAGAUACUUUGUGGGAAAGCCUUAUGGAAUUUCUGCUACAAGUUUACAUUGUUGCUGAUGCAACUUAAAUAACUCUUGAGUUUCUAUAUGACUGUAGUCCUGGGAACUAAACCCAGGUCUUGGUAUCAUCAAGCAUUGCUGUCUCUGAGGAGUAUGAUUUUGACAAAGCAGCUGGCACAAAGUGGACAGUCUCUCUGGGGAAAGAAAAGACAACAACCAACCCCCCCACCAAACCUUUAGUCAAAAGUAUUACUUUUUCUCUCCAGCUUUGAGUUGUCACUCUAAGUAGGAAUAAAAGAGGAACAUUGUUUGAAGUAAAAUGAAAUGUAGGGGGCAAAAAUCAAUAUUUGAUAUUACUAUGAAUGUUUACCAGUUACCCUUUUUGAUUUUUACAGAAAUCUUAAACUAUUAUCCGGGUGCCUUUCCUUAAUAGGUUAACUACUCUGAGACCAGAUAUUUCUCCUCCACGAGCUGAUAUUGGCCUUUUGUGUUUCUAGAAAGCAAAAUAAAAUUUUGUACUUUACUGUUCUCACGUGCUUGAUAACAUGAAUGUAAAAAAUGAAAAAAAAAACUUUUUUGCAUAAAGCCCUGUUAAGCUGGAUAUGAAACUAUGGACCAGAUUGAGGAAAGAACAAAGGAUCAAAACAAAUCUUCUUAAAGAAGUGGAAAACUCAAUGUUGGACCAUUCAGUUGUGAGCCACCAUGAAUAAGGUGUCAGAAAUUGUCAGCUUGCAAGUGAAGUGCUAGCAGCACAGUUGCUUGGGAAUAGUGGAUUCUAAUGAGAACCUCCUGGUCACUGGUUAUGAAUUCUUCUCAUUGAUGAUUACAGUUUUUUAACACUGAAAGGACACACUUUUAUUAAAAAGUGUUUUUAUUUCCUACUACCUUGAUGUUUGGACUUUUCUACAGUAAACUUUCAAUUAUUUGAAACAAUGAAAUGUGCAUAUGUGAGUUGUUUAAAUGUGAUGGGGGUCUUAAUUAACCUUGUAGUUGCUUUUUGAGGGAAAUUGGUAGACUGACCUACUGUGAAAAGGGGUUGUAUCCAUGUCCAGGGGGAUACUUAAAAUUCUGAUACAGUACUUCUAAAGCUGUUUCUUUAUAUGCUGGGUUUUAGACCUAACAUUCCAGAUGUUUCUUUUACUGCGUUUUUCAUACUUAUCCCUAGUAUUCUGCCUAAAAAGGCUAAAAUCUUUCUGUAGUUUAGGGGUUCUACUACUGCUUACACUUUAGGCAAACUUUUCAUAUCUUCUGUUUGUGACUCCUUCUAUCUACUGGAAAGUAAACACUGCUGCAUAUAGUAGAUAUUGCUCUGUCCAACAAGUUCAAGACAAAAGUAAGAAAUACAAAGCAAGUCUCAUUUUCCUAAACUACCCCUAUGGUGGAGAAUUUGUGCAUGUUCACGUGUAGGACUAGGAAACCACUUCCCUGAGUGUGUAUAGCAAUCCUCAUGUUCCUUUCUCUACUUCAUGUCACUCUUAAAUAGUAAGCCGAGUUCAUUAAAAAGUUAGAAUCCAGUUCUCUUAAAGUAUUAGUUGGGAUUUUAUCUGAACAGACUGAUUCUUCAAAGAAAUAUGUGCUAGUAUAGAAAUCUGUGCUUUUGUUGCCACAGAGUGUACAAAGGAAGUCAAAGGUCAGCCAACAUGCAGUGAUUUCAACACUAAUACUGUGAUAAGUAACACCUGAUUUUGCUACUUCAGCUAUUAAAAAAAAAAAAAAAAAAUUUAAAAACCUGCCUUCUUGGAAGACAUCAGAUUAACCUAGGGGUGGCAGGGCAGCCGGUGGUCAAAAGCACUUGGAAUUUUCAGCCCAAGCUAAAAUUUUAUAGUUUUUGUAGUUCUUGCUGCUUUCUCUAACAUUUUGCUGCUCUUCAAAAAUUACAUGAUGAACUAUAUUUUUCUCCGUUUUAGUCUUGGGAAAGAAAAUCCAACCUGAAAAGUUGUUUAUUACUUUAAAAGGCUUUAGACUAAAGAAAGAUAAAUGCAUGUUUUCCCCUCCACCAAAUGUACUACCUCAGUUAGCAGGAUUCCAACUUCUAGGGGCUUUUUCUGACUCUAGGUCUUUAACUUGUUUUUGGUAGCAUCUUGCUGUUUAUGUAAAUCAGUGUGGCAUGACAGGGCAGUAUUUACAGAUGUGUUGUUAGAAGAUCUUUGGGGCAUGUUUCUGUUUUUAUUUUAAUGGGAUGAAAAGUGAUAUGAAUGUACAGAUGUCUCUAGAAUUGAUAAUGUAGCUUAAUUUUCAAAUAUUCCAAAGUUGGUUUAUCAGUAUUACGUAGGUUUUUUGUAAACUUAAUACAUACUUUCUUGGUUAAGUGGGAGUGCACAGUCUUUCUGAAAUCCCACAUAAUGCAGUUUACACAGUGCAAUUUAAAGAAUGUAUGCUUUGUUUUUUUCAGGCAGGACAAAACCUUUAUACACAGGAGGGGAGGAAUGAACUACUAAGCUCUGGUGUUUAAAUAUCAAUGAGUCUCUUUAAACCCCCCCCAAAAUACCAAAGAUCCAAGCAUUUUAAUUUAAGUAGGUACUCUUUGAACUAGUAUAUACAUCUUUCUUCUGCCCUAAAGAAAUGAAUAGGCACUGAUUCUGUAAUGCUAUCAUUCACAUUUCUAAUGGCAUCCUCCAGAGUUACAUAUUUAUCAUCCCUACUCUCUUUAUGUGCAUCUUUACUGUCAAAGUAAAAAAACCCUUUUUAGACACACCAAACACUUGUAUAUAAAGUUUACACAAAAUAUCACUUAUCUCAAGUAUAACUUGAAUUAAAAGGAUCCAAAUAAAAAUUGUCUGAACUGCUGAAUAUAUUCGACACUUUUUCUUUUUUUUUAAUUUUUUUUAUUUUUGAGGUCAAGUGGACUAAUUUGACAUACAUUGCAGGCUUUCCAUAGAAAAAGAUGUGUGUUGCUAUUGCAUGUUUGGAGAGCAUAGGCUUUUUUUUAGGAAUGGCUGAAUACCAAUGUUAAGCUACAGGGUUUUUUUUCCUUAUAGUUGUUUAUGUGUGCUAUAAUUUUGGUCUAUUUCUUUGCGGCAUUUGGUGCAAUAAACUUUCUGAAAUGAA